GCGACCUAAUUCCAGGGGGGUCUCUCUAAACUCCACGGGAAGCAGAGUAGUUUUGGUAGUCACUCGUCACUUCGUCAGCCUCCAUGGCGACGCCCGGAUCCUGCCCCACGACGGCGGCCCCGUCUGCCGGCCACCCUCCCGUCUGCCUCGCCGACGCUUCAGAAACGUUGCGGCCGCGGCUGGUGCUCUUCGGCGACUCCAUCACCGAACAGUCCUUCCGCCCCGGUGGCUGGGGAGCAGCCCUCACCGACACCUACUCCCGCAAGGCGGAUGUCGUUGUCAGAGGCUAUGGUGGGUACAACACGCGAUGGGCUCUCUUCUUGAUCCAACGCAUCUUUCCCCUGGUUGGUGUACCACCUGUUGCAACGACUAUAUUCUUUGGUGCUAAUGAUGCAGCCCUUUUAGGGCGAACAAGUGAGCGCCAACAUGUUCCAGUUGAAGAGUAUAAACAGAAUCUCCAAAAAAUUGUUAAUCAUCUGAGGGAUUAUUCCAAGUCCAUGGUGAUUUUGCUGAUCACCCCACCACCUAUUGAUGAAGAUGGAAGAGAAAGAUAUGCACGAUCACUAUAUGGAAAAGACGCGCGGAGGCUCCCUGAAAGGACAAAUGAAAUGGCUGGUGUCUAUGCAGGUCAAUGCAUAGAACUAGCCAGACAAAUGGAUAUACACUGCAUCGAUAUUUGGUCAAAGAUGCAAGCAACUGAAGGGUGGCAGAAACUUUACUUGAGUGAUGGACUGCAUCUGACACCUGAAGGAAACGAUGUUGUCCACAAGGAAGUUGUCCACACGUUGAGAGGCGCUGGUCUGAAAGCUGAGGAUAUGCCGAGUGACUUCCCGCAUCAUUCCAAAAUUGAUGGAAAUUGCCUAGAAAAGGCCUUCCAGUGAAGUGGUUCGAAGUUUGUAAUGCUCGCUUCUGGUCUCUGAAGGCUUUGCUUUUCCUUGUAUAGUCCUAUUUUACGUUUUCAUCUGCUGUCAACUUUUGAAUUGAGAAAUUCUGGGUUCAUUUUACCACGUCAGAAAAAAAAUGGGCAUGUUGCAGUGGCAUGUA